GCGCGCGCUUACAAAUACGCGAGCCGCGCCAACCACGGUCUCAGUUCUGAUCCGGUAUCGCUGCACUCGUUCCUGCACGACCAUUCCCGCGCCUGACCAGCAACAUACGAAGCGCAUUUAUCGCUCUGCGCGGACAACAAUCGUCGAUCGUCCACCUCCGCACGGGUAUUCGCUACCAUGAUCAACAGAUGUACCGCGGCCACGGUCGCGCUGCUGCUGCUGGUGAUGGCCACUGACGACGCGGGCGCGUCCACGUCGUAUACGUUGAUCGGCAAGAACGCGAUCUCGGUGACCGAGUCGACGGUGAAGUGCAAGAACGGCAAGUCGACACCGGUGACGGUGCAGGUGACCGGCGACCUGUACGCCGACUCGGACAAGCGGACCGACUUCAAGGGCACCAAGUGGGCGAACCGCAUGGCCGAGAUGGACCGGGAGGCGGACGACGAGCGCGGCCACGUGGUGGCGUCCGUGUUCGGCGGUCCCAUUGAGCAGUGGAACAUGGUGCCGAUGCACCGCAGCGUCAACCGUCGCAUCACCGCGCAGAGCAGCUUGCUGAACCGCUGGGACGAGUUCGAGAAAUGGUCCCGCGACCAGGUGAAGAAGGGCAACGUGCCCGUCCGGUUCACCAUACGCAUCAGGUACGGGCCGCUGAACGGCUGCAGGCCCAUCGGCUUCGACAUCAGUGCCACCGCCAAGGGCACGUCCGGUUUCCAGGGCAGUUUCGACAAUGGUCCGUACGGGUCGUUCGCCGUUUCCAGUCAACCGUCCAGGCCGAAGAAGAAGAAACCGUAGACGUGAUCCCGUUACGCCGCACCCCGUCCAACUACCCACCCCGAAUACAUCGUUAUACUAUGCGAGUAAUAUCGCCCGGCUGUUCGUAGUUAAAAUAAAUCGCAAACGGUUUUCCAUUUGAUUUUACGAUUCCACAGGAUAAACGACUAACAAACGUUACACAUAUUAUUAUUAUAUUAUACGUCAAAUACAACGUUUUUGUACCCGUU